GCGACAGCCUCAGAAGCGGCCGCGUCGCCAUCGAGAGCGCCAGUGUUCGCGGGGCGUUUUUUCGACGUGGUUCUUCGCGUACUCCGUCGUGUCGCAGGUCCUAUCUGUCUGUCGAGAAUCACGGUGUAUUGAGUGACGACAGUGAUCCUUCGACUUUGACCCAACACGACGGAAUUGAUCGGCCUGAAAAUCGAGUCGCCCGGUGAAAUAUAUCGUCGUUGCUCAACAUCGCGCAACAAUCCCGAAGAGCUUUGAAACGAGACCUCUCCAAACGAACCGGUAGCAAGUAUAUAGGGACGACUCGGUACAACUGCCAGUGCGACUCCUCUUUAUAAAGGAGGAAGCGUCUCUCGGUUUCUUAUUCUCGAGACCGAGUGUCGAUUUUACGAUAAUUUCCCCGAGAAACGUGAUCGAUGAAACACACGUUUGAUUUUUCACACUACGAGUGUAAAUAAUGCCGGCGUGAGUGUAUGAGAUUUAUGAGAAACAUGAUCCUGUGACAGGAUUUAUAAGCCCCGAUUCCGAGAAGUGCAUCCGCAGACGGGACGUCCAAGAGGGCCGUUCUCGAGGAGAACGACCAGAAGGAGAGCAAGCGUAAACGCUCGGCACCACCUGUGGUGGUGACCCAGAUGAUUAGACAGGAUUACGAUCAAAUACCGGAACAAAAAGCCCAGGAAAGGAUCAAGAGAAAAACCAUGGAACAUCCAUUGAACAGUCGCCUAUCGCCGAAAGUCACGCCUAUCACAGACGAUUAUGAGAUCAGCAAUCACGUGCUGGGUCUCGGUAUCAACGGAAAAGUCGUGCAGUGUUAUGACAGAAACACGAGACAGAAGUAUGCCCUCAAAGUCUUGCAUGACUGUGCAAAAGCACGGAGAGAAGUCGAGCUUCACUGGAGAGCAUCUAAUUGUAGGCACAUAGUUCAAGUAAAAGAUGUAUACGAAAAUACCUACAGUGGAAAUAAAUGUCUGCUGGUAGUUAUGGAAUGUAUGGAAGGCGGAGAGCUAUUUCAAAGGAUACAAGAUAGACAGGAUGGCGCCUUUACUGAAAGAGAAGCUGCACAAGUGAUGUACGAGAUUUGUGUCGCGGUAAAACAUUUACACGACAUGAACAUUACUCAUAGGGAUCUAAAACCUGAGAAUCUUUUAUAUUCUAAACCAGAUAGCACUGGAAUUCUGAAACUCACCGACUUUGGAUUUGCCAAAGAAACACAUUUAAAAGACACGUUACAAACGCCAUGUUAUACACCUUAUUAUGUCGCUCCGGAAGUUUUGGGACCAGAAAAAUAUGACAAGAGCUGUGAUAUUUGGUCACUGGGAGUAAUCAUGUACAUAUUAUUGUGCGGAUUCCCGCCAUUCUACAGUAAUCACGGAUUAGCGAUCUCGCCCGGAAUGAAAAAAAGAAUCCGAUUGGGACAAUAUGAUUUUCCCUAUCCAGAAUGGGCGAGCGUAAGCCAGGAAGCGAAGAAUCUUAUUAAGGGUAUGCUGUGUAUUGAUCCAGCGGAAAGACUGCAGAUCGACGAUGUGAUGCGCAACAAUUGGAUCUUCAAAUAUACGGAAGUGCCUGCUACUCCCUUACACACCGGACGCGUUUUACGCGAGGGAGAGGAAAUGUGGCCAGAAGUACAGGAGGAAAUGACGCGAUCAUUGGCGACGAUGCGCGUCGAUUACGAUACGGCAUGUCUAAAGCAACUUGAUCAUACGAACAAUCCUCUGCUGAAUAAACGAAGACGUGCGAAACAAUCCGCGAACAACGCGACGGUCCCGCCGACUGCCAGUCCUACACCCGCCUCCUAGGAAGAGGAUAGUGCCAGAACUAGACGGAACUGGAUCUUUUUUCUACGGAGAUGCGUCAGAUACAGCAUGGUCGUAACGAGGAUCAUUCUCUGACUGUUGCAUUUUACGAAGCGAAAAAAUUUCCGGAGUAGAAUAGUAAUAUCAAAAGGCACUUAAUCGUAGAUUACAUGCACUUCUUUACACUUAUUAGCGUUUGAUCUAUUAAGAGUGCAGAAUUUUAUUAGAGCAAAAACAAUAAGACACAACAAGGACAAUAUUGCCCCAACGAAUGUAAGUAAAUGCGAUGCCUUUUUAAUUACCGAACGAUAUCACAGUCAUUCUUGACUAGAAAAGACCUAUAUAAAGAUAUAUAUAUAUAUAUAUAUAUAUAUAUAUAUAUAUAUAUUGUUCUGUGAGAGAAAUAUGCUACAUUAAUCAAUUGUAGAAUUAGGCAAACACACAUAUAUAUAUAUGUGUGUGUGAAAGAUAAAUAAUGUUAUUGAGUACUAAUAUCAUAAUGUUUAUGAUUAGCUCGAUUUUCAUCAGAAAUUAAAAUCAUUAAUUGAAUGUAGUGACCUUUAAAGGCAUUUGAGAAAGUUGGCCGAAUUACUAGAUGGUAUUGCUGAAUGUGUGUUGAAUGUACCUCUUCAUUCAAAUUUUAAACUUGAUAAAUCAUAGCACAGAAAGUAUUUAAUAAUGAAAAAUAUUAUUUUUUCUUAAUAAAA